CUUGUUCGCGUUUAUACUUUCUGUUGCUUGAGUGACGACGAUUUGCGCACAAAAGCUUUGACCACUACGUCAUCUGUCCUAGGCGCGUGUCAAAAGCAAGCGGCGCGAUUCAUCUCGAGCCAUCCAAUUCUUACCUCCACAUCGAUUUGCUGUCCAGUCGAUCUGUCUUUGCUCGAUCUCACCUUUCACGAGCAUUCUUCUAUCACCUUUCCCUUAGCACUUCUUUUUGUCCUCUAUUUGGACACUCAGCCCUCAAAAUGCGCACUCGCAAUCAAGAAAAGACGCCCUCGUCGCAGUCAUCAUCACAGCAGACUGCUGGCGCCGACAAACGCACAAGCCGCAAGAGAAGAGCAAGCAGUUCCUCAGACGCGCCAAUCCCUCAGAGCUCCCAAACCACUAUUGUCUCAUCAUCACAAGUCAAGCGUAGAAAGAGACAGGACGCGUCUUACGACCAUCCCGAAGACCUGGACAUCCUUGACGAGGAGGAAGAAUCCCUCACAGUCCACACUCCAGCUCCUGCAGCUCGCCAUGUUCACUUUACCGAGUCUACCUCCCAGGAUCACAAGGCUACUUCAACGCACUUGACUCCUCACAUCCGCAAGACAAUCAGCACGGAAAGACGUCAGACCAUUUCACCUUCAAAGUUCGAGACUCUCUCCACUCCUCAAACAAAGUCCCGCUUGUCUCUUCCCUCCACUUUUUCCCCUUCGCCCAACAGCCCCGUCUCCAAGCUGUUCCGCCCUCUGAGUCAGGUUCUGUCCGAGCGCGUUAAGAGCCGUCUUCGCCGCAGUCGUCUGAGCGAGGAGAUCAAGGAGCAAAGAGAUGGUUCCGACACUCAUCAAGAGCUGGUUCAGCUGCGUCAAGAGAUUGGAGAGAUUGAGGACACUAUCCGCACCCGCCUUCACCAGCUCGAUGUGCAGAAGCAGUUGGGAGAAGAUGCCGACGAUCAGAAGAUGGAAGCAAUUGAGGUCGAGCUCGCCCAGCUCAACGAGCAGCUUGCAGAGAAGAAGGCCCAAGAGGCUGCCCUUCCUGACCUGGAUGCCAUCGAGAAUGUUGACGUCAUCAACGAGGACAUGAUGGUCUUUGAUAGCAGCCAGAGCAUCUCCUACCCCAACCUUCCUUCUUCCGGGAUCGAGGUCCGUACCGUCGAGAGAGCAUCUGACGCUGUCGACAUCACCGACGCCCAGACUCAGGUUGCGCUUCCAGACUCUACUCAGGAGGAGGAGCGUCGCGCCUUCAAGGAGGCCAUCCAGUACUGGACCGACGAAGCAUCCAAUGCAAAGUCCACUCUCCAGAUCCUGACCAUUGAGCUACAAUCUCUUGGUUUCCCAGGAGAGAACUCGGAUGCCAUCCUCGCAUCUAUCCGCGAAUCAUUCGCGCUAGUUCGUGAGCGCCUCGAGUCCGCAGUGCCUGGUGCCAUCCCCAGCAACAUCUCCGAUGCCGACCUGGUCGAGCUCGUUGUCCAGCACCUUGAGGCUCUUGCCAUCAAAGUCACCGAACAAGACCUCUUCAUUGUCGAGAACGACCAGUUGCGUCAGGAGCUCGUCAACGAGAUUGAUGGUCUUGUCGAGAGACUGAGUCAGGCCGAGAUUCGCAAGCGCACUCUUGAGAUUGGCUUCAACGAGCUGGAUGCACAGAGUCAAAGAGAUGAGCAAUUGAUUGACUCCUUGAGCAAGGAGUUGAAGAAGAUCGAGAACAAUCACGACAUGGCCCAAACGCUCAUCACUGAGAAGAAGAUCGAGCUUGCUGAACUGGACCGCGAAAACAAGGAUCAGGACACAACCAUCCGAAAGCUCGGCGAAGCCCUUGAAGGUUACAGAGCCAACGAGACUAAUCUCCACGCUCUCAUUACCCGCAUGGAGCAAGAGGCCAAUGUGAAGAUCUCUGACCUCACCAAAGCUAGCCAAGUUGCCGUAUCUGAACUCGAGGAGCAGCUUCGUGUCGAGGGCACCAAGCGCCACACCGCCGAAGCCGAGGCAGACAACAAGCAAAAUGUCAUUACCACGCUUGAACGCCGCGCCGAGGAGGACGAAGCCAAUAUUGAUAUCCUUAAGCAGCAGCUUGCUACUGUCCAGGUACAACACACAGCCGAACAACAGGCAAGAGAGGUCGCCGAGACCAUCAACGAUGAAAACACAACCCUCAUUGCCGAGCUUGAGGUUAAGAUUGAACAGGCCGAGACUGCACUGGAGCAGCUCAGAGCCGAUCUCGAUAACCUACGCGCACUCGAAGAGGCCGAGCGACGCCAGCGCGAGGCAGCCGAGGCAGACCUAGAUGACCGCAACAAUCAGAUCAGCGAAUUGGAGCAGAAGCUGCUAGCAUCCGGCAAGCAAGCCAACGAGUUGCGCCAGAAACUCUUCGAAGUUCAACAGCGCUCUAAGGAUGCUGUCGCAGAACUUCAAGCUAUUGCAGAGGAGCGUGAAACCAAGCAUGCCGCCGAAAUCAUUGCUUUGGACCAGCAAGCUAAAUUGGCCCAGGAUGCCGCCACUUACAACGGCAUCAUGGCGAAAGAAUACGAGACGGAGCUCAAGGACGUCACAGCUCGUAUGGGCAAGCAGCUCGAGGAGCGCGCUGCAAAGAUCAGAGAGUGGGCUGCCAAGCUCGAUGAACUCACCGCAGAGCUCAAGAACACCAAGACGGAGCUUGACAGCGCUUUGGUCGCGCUUGACGCAUUGCAACAAGCGUCCGAGGGUCGCAUUGCCGAGCUUGUCGCUGAUGUCGCUGAUCUCACAGGCAUUAUCGCUCAGCACGAGGCUACCAUCAAGCUUUUGAAUGCUGAGGCUCUGACAACUGCUCAGACUCACGUCAUUGCCAUCACUGAGCGCGACGAGAAGAUCGCCGACCUCAACGAUGAUAUCUUCAACGCUCAAUCCGAGAUCAGAAGCCUCGAGGCCGAGAAGGAAUCCUUGGAGCGUCGUGUUGAAGCCGAAGCUGAGGCAAUGCUUGAGCUACAAGCCGACCGCGAUGACCAAAUCGCCGACCUCAAGACCAACAUCCGCAACAAGCAGGCUGAGAUUGAAAACCUCGGCCGCAAGGCACAAGAGGUGGACCGCAGCUGGGAGCGCGUAAUGAACGAGCGCACCAUCGAGAUUGAGGAGCUCCGUGAGACUGGCUCCGAGCACACUGCCACCAUUGCUCGCCUGACCAAGCUCAAUACUGCACUCAAGGAGAAGUUUAGACUUUACGUCCGUGACUCCACUGCCACCGUGGCAGCCAUGCAUGAUGACAUGGAACAAGCUGUUCUUUCCGCCUCUUCCAAGGGCGGCGAACUGCGCGAGGUCGGCCGUCGCGUGCUAGAGGAGGUCGAGGCUAUGGAUAGUGUUGGCGAGAUGAUUGCCGUUGCUGGCUCAUCUUCUGCUGCCAACCCUCGUGUCCAGCACAUCAAGCAGAGCCGUCGCACUCGCCGUCAGUACGACUCUGGCAUCGGUGUUGAUGAAGAAUCUCUGCUCGAAGAGUAGAGGGAAGGAAUGAUCUUGUGCAGGCAUUUAUACAUUUGCCCAUGAAGUUGCACACCAUUACGAGGUUGUUUUUCUUGUCUACAAAACAUUGCGUUGUUACUUGGUUUACGCUGCCCUUUAUUUGAAUGGAAGGAACGAUGAUUAUCACUUUUCUGAUGAGAAAGGUCGUGGUGGAUUGUUGUUUAUGACUAGGCCUGGUUGGUUGUUUCUGGAUGCGAUUAUCGACUUUUCUUCCUUUUCUAUUAUGGUAAUCAUGAGCGAGUACGUAUUUACAUAGGUCAAAACACAUUCCGUUUACUUUCAAAAAGACAAUCUUGACUCCCCCCCCCGAU